AUGUCUUCACUCUUUCCCACAACCGUAGUUCCUUGUCCUUCAAAACCCCAACAAACAUUUCCUUCAUUGAAAAUAAACCCACUCAAUAACACUUUAACCUCGUCAUCAUGCAAGUUGUUACAAGAGAUACAACAUCCAAAUUUCAGUACAACCCAAUUGUCAGUCAGUUCCAAGGUGUUAACUUGUGACCAACCCCUUAUCUUGAAUGACUGGCCUCAGCACCUCAAGUUCUCAAUUGGCUCUGGUAAUCUUUAUCUGGGUCAGUCAAUUCAUGGCUUUUUAAUGAAAUUGGGUUAUGAAAAUAACAGCUUUCAGGGCAAUAACCUCAUAAAUUUGUAUGCAAACUUUAAUAGAGUGAAUGAUGCACAAAGGGUGUUUGAUGAAAUGCGCUAUAGGAAUACAAUCACAUGGACAUCUCUGAUUAAUGGGUAUUCACGGGUUAAUGAUGUUGAGUCGGUGUUUAAGAUUGCUAAUGAUAUGUAUAGAUUGGAAGAAGAGUUCAAUGAACAUACGUGCUCAGUAAUUUUAAGGGCAUGUGAGUCACCAGAUGAUCGGAUUAAAGGGCAGCAGAUUCAUGGUUUUGUUGUGAAGAGUGGGUUUUGUGAGGAUGUUGUGGUUGGUACUUCUUUGAUUUCCAUGUAUUCAAGAAGUGGGUUUUUGGAGGAUGCGGAAAAAGUGUAUAGUGAAUGGAGUUAUAAGGAUGUUAGGUGUUUGAAUUUUUUGAUUUCAGAAUAUGGGAAGGUGGGAUACCUGGAGAAAGCGAUUUGGGUCUUUAUUGAUUUGCUAUCUUUUGGUUUGGAGCCAACUGAUUAUACAUUUACGAAUGUAAUAAGUGCUUGCGAUGGAGCUGUAGGUGUAGCAAUAGGCAGGCAAUUACAUGGACUUUCCAUUAAGCAUGAUUUAGUGGGUGAAACCUCUGUAGGAAAUGCAAUUGUGACAAUGUAUGGAAAGCAUGGGCUAAUAGAAGAGGCUGAGAGUAUGUUUCACCGACUGAAUGAAAGGAAUUUGGUUUCUUGGACUGCUCUUCUAUCUGGGUAUGUGAAAAAUGGUCAUGGAGAAUUAGCCCUUAAAAGGUUUGUAAAAAUGGUUGACUUAGGAAUUUAUAUUGAUUGUACCUGUUUAGCUACUGUCCUUGAUGGUUGCUCAGAGUGCAACAACUUGGACCUAGGACUUCAAUUCCAUGGGUUUGUGUUAAAGCUUGGUUUUCUUUCUCAUAUUAAAGUAGGGACUGCAUUAAUUGAUUUAUAUGCAAAAUGUGGGAACCAGAAGUGUGCAAAAUUACUCUUUGAUGAUAUCUCCAUUAAAAGUACUGCAAUGUUCAAUGCCACUUUAGUUGGGUUUACAAAGGUAGAUGAAGCUGAUGACGAAGAUUACAUGACUGUUUUAGGUCAUCUUAGAUUAACUGGUAUAAAACCAGAUUCGGUAACUUUUGCACAGCUCCUUAGUUUAACUGCUGAUCAGGCUUGUUUAGUUAAAGGGAAAAGUCUUCAUGCUUACAUUGUCAAGACAGGGUUCGAAGCUGAUUUUACUGUAAGUAAUGCGGUAAUUACCAUGUAUGCAAAAUGUGGAAGCAUUGAAGAUGCUUAUCAUACUUUUUUUGGAAUGAAUGACCAGGACAAAAUAUCUUGGAAUGCCAUGGUUUCUGCAUUUGCCCUUCACGGGCAAGGUGAGGAAGCACUUUUGGUCUUUGAAGAGAUGAUGAAAGAAGGUUUUGUUCCUGAUGAGAUCACUAUAUUGGCUGUUCUUCAAGGUUGUAACUACUCAGGUUUAUGGGACUAUGGGUUUUGCUUGUUUGGGGAAAUGGAGCUAAAAUAUGGGGUUAAGCCGGUACUUGAGCACUUUGCUUGCAUGGUUGAUAUUUUAGGCCGAGCUGGGAAAUUUGUAGAAGCAAUAGAUUUCAUUUCCAAAAGCCGGUUUUCAGACUCGCCUCUCCUUUGGAGAACUUUGGUCCAUGCAUGUAAGCUACAUGGAAAUAUGCAUUUUGGCAAGAUAGCUACACAACAAUUGCUCGAGCUGACACCCAAAGAAGCUGGCUCUUACAUUCUUGUUUCAAAUAUGUUUGCUGAAGGGGGGAUGUUAGACGAGGCAGCAAGGGUAAGAACCGCAAUGACUGACUUAAAGAUGAGUAAAGAAGCUGGUUGCAGCUGGAUUGAGAUCGAUAAGAUGACCCAUCAGUUUUGGGCUGGUAGCAAAGAGAAGAAGAAAAGUAGAGAUGUUUAUGCGAUAUUGGAUAUAUUAACAGCUGAGAUGAAACAAAUUAGUGGUGAUAUAACCAAUCUUUGACUUAAUUGGAAUCGAUCACAAGUUCAUCAAGUGAAAAAGAAUUUUUUUUGUUUUGUUGUCGGAGUGGCAGCACAUAUAGCUCUGUUCCUUGUUAGACCAGUUUUUCCAUAUUUUGCACCUGCUAUAAAUGCAUCUCCAACUUAAUUAUUUGCUUUGAUGAUUCAACAAGUGGAAGAUUGGUGUCAACAUGGACAGAUAAAGACUGAAGACUGAAGGAAAAGCUGGGUGUGAGUAAUCUUUGUCAGUAUGGUCAUAUCCUUCCAGCAACGCAACGCUUUUAAGUGUUGGAAAAUUAGAACUAGCUUAUAGUUUUUGAACGAAGAUUUACAUAGCUUGAUUCAUUUAUUCCACCGAUGCUUAGAAUGCGAGAUACAGGAAUUAGAGAAAGUACAUGGCAAGGUGAUCCCG